AUGCCGCCAUACGGCUUUUUUAAAAAGAUUGCUCAGUCGGGUAGUGCUGUUGGGGUAUAUGUUAGUGGGGAUGAAUGGGUACUUGACGUCGCAAAAGUGUCCUCGAUGCAAGAGUCGAGGGUGUGA